AUGACCGGAGAUAAGACCGGCGGUAGUAGCGGCACCAAAAACAACGCCGCUGAUCCAAGUUCGCCUUAUUAUAUACAUCCCUCUGAUCUCCCUAAACAAAUACAUGUUAACGAGAUUCUAACCAAUUCGAAUUAUAAUGAUUGGGCUAAAGAGAUGGCCAAUUUCUUAUUCGCUAAAAACAAGAUGGGAUUCGUUGACGAAACGAUUCCAAAACCAGGAAAGACUUCAGAAGAUUACAUGCCCUGGAUGCGUUGUGACGCGAUGAUCAUUGGGUGGCUGACGACUGCAAUGGACAAGAACAUCAGAUCGAGUGUUCGAUAUGCUAACGCUUCGUCUGAAAUUUGGAAAGACUUAAAAGAAAGGUUCAGUAAAGGAAGCGCACCCCGAGCUUAUGAACUAAAGCAAUCGCUUUCCUCUUCACAUCAAGACGGAUCCUCUGUUUCGUCAUACUAUACCAAACUGCGUAGCAUAUGGAAUGAAAUCAAUUCCGUGCUUCCGACUCCGCAAUGCACAUGUGGUGGUUGUACGUGUGAUAUCGGAAAAAGGUUGAUGGAAUUCAAGGAUAAGGAACGGCUAUAUGAGUUUUUUAUGGGGCUUGAUCCUGAUUUUUCAACUAUAAGAACUCAUGUCCUCUCCAUGAAAACGACACCAACACUUGGAGAAGCUUACCGUCUCGCGUCUGAAGAGGAACAACAAAAGUUAAUCACGCUAAACAAGCGAGCUGCUGUUGAACCCGCUGCCUUUAAGGCGCAAGGAUAUCGUGAAGGUAGCUAUGGUUUUGGACGAGGCUAUAAAGGAGGUUCAAAGGAUUUCAAACGAAACAAUGGAGACAAGGUUGACCAUUGUAACGAAUGUGGGAAGGAUGGGCAUAAAAGAGAGAGUUGUUUCGAGAUUAUCGGGUAUCCCGAUUGGUGGCCAGGAUAA